AUGAUGAAAUGUAAUCGAAGGUGCUUCAAGAAGUGUGGCCUUGUGACGUCCAUCGUCAUUGUACUCCUCAUUGUGACUCUUGUGAUCUUAUACUUCACCAUGUUCAAACCAAAGGAUCCAGAAGUCGAGACGACGCUGGUAAAUAUCCGAAACAUAGAAUUUGGACUCUUCCCCACUCCGACACUGAACCUAUCGCUAGCUUUAGAUAUCUUCAUCAAUAACCGGAACUAUGCAGCCUUCAAGAACGAUAACACGACGACUAAUAUCUACUACCGAGGGGUUUUGGUUGGGCUGUCACCAAUCGAGGCAGGCACCGUCCGUCCCCGUGGGACGAAGAAUAUAAGCUGCGUGGCAAAGAUUCAGGUCGAGAAGAUCAUCUCCAAUCCCUAUUUCUUGCCAGAUAUUGCUUCUGGACCAUUAAAUUUGACGUCCUCGACCAACAUGGACGGGAAAGCGAUGGUUCUCAAGAUCUUUAAGUUGCGUGCGUCAAUUCAUGUUGCAUGUAACAUAAGCGUUUUCGUUUUCUCGGGAAACAGCAGCUCUAUCUGCGAAUCAAAAAUUAGAAUGUGA